AUGUCAAGUAACCAAGGCAUACUCAAAGACAGGGCCUCAAUACUUGGAGCGUUCUCCCAGGGAAAAGCCAGUAUUCCUACUGGAUUGGGGGACAUAAAAAAAUUCAUGCCAGAACCAACCCAACAAAAUCUGGAGACUACGGAAUCGGAGGAAUCAGACAGUGACUCGAGUGCGGACAGUUCGGAAGAAAGUGUAUCAACCGACUCUUCCAUAACCAGAGUAGCACAUUACGAGUCGAACCGACCGAAAAUUGCAAAUGAUAUAUCUCAGGAAUCCGAAGAAGUAGUAAAGAGACCACGCGCAAAAGUGAACAUGGACAACAUUAUCGGUUUCUCUUCUCCCCAACCAUUAACCCACUCUGGACUUCAGAUGCUGAGUGGAGGCGCACCCGGCAAUCGCUUGAAAACUCAAUCUGAAGUUGUCCGACGUAAUGACUCGGUUGGACAUGCAAAAGGACGGCCGUUGGGUGAUUCAAAAACCCUGUUGGAUGAUGGAUUGUCUUCUUACAAGUCGCAGACUUUUGUGCGAGAUGUCAACACCCCUCGACACCAAGGCUCUAGCCGGUCAGAUAUCUCAUGGAACAGCGAUUCGGUGAAGAAUUUUAACCGCUCAAUCGAUGAACACUCACCACGUAGACCCUUCGUGAGGUCGUCAUCGAUAAUCAGCGAUGCUUUGCCAAAUUAUUCAUCCAUCGCCCGCGGUCGACAGUCUCAGUCAGAAGUCGUCUAUAGUCGUCCUACAGCAGCUCUGACAGAGAUUUCGGGAGUGAGUGAUCCCGGACCGCGAGGGCGGCCGGCUCGUCGGCCAACAGUUAAAGUCAGUGCGCGGUUAAACGACGAUAACGGAAAUAUUAUUGCGGAUAAUCUCGAUAAUAAUCCACACGCCAGAUUGCGACCACGCGUUUCAGUUAGCGCGAUGGUGGAUUUGAAUAGUAAUAAAUCUAAGAGAAAGGUUGUUCAAGACAUUGGGAGCGCGAGUGAUGAAGAAAGUGGAAGUACGGAAGAGAGUGGCAGUAGUGAAGAAGAGUCGGACGGAAAUAACGAAGAAGAUAAUUUGGAAUCUAUGAUUAAUAUAAAAGUUCAGCAGGAGGUGCAAGAAUUAAAAGUUUCGAACGAGUCUCUUCUCGCAAGUAAUGCUGAACUUGAAGCAAAACUCAAAGAACAAGCAGACAAAAUUGCAGAAUUGUCCUCUCUGAGUUCUGUCGUUGCCGAACAGCAAGAAAAAUUGGAAGCGAUCAAAGAGAUGGAAGAGAUUGUAAAGAGCUUAAAAACGAAAAUUACGACUGCUGAAGAAGAAAUUGCUAAUCUCAAGAAACAGGCAGCCGAAAAGACUGAUGAAAAUCAGAAG